AUGACAAUAAUUAUAAUUACUCUACUUGUGCUGGGACCAUGGCAGGUGUUCAGUGCCGCUUUGGAAGACGAUUUCGGAGGAUAUGAUUACCCAAAGCCCUCCUGUGCCUUGGCCUAUCCAGUUACGAUCACCACAUCAGUGCCGCUCCUGGAGUACAUCACAGUGAAACAAUUUGAGACGCGAACCAUUUUCAGUGUCCUGAAACCGAAAACCAUCCUAUCAACAGUGAUUGUGCCAACGACAACAACAGAUGUUAGUACAGUGACAAACUUCCGAACGGAAACGAACUAUAGAACAGUUGUUGAUACCGUGACGGAGACAUUACCAGCCGUUACAGAAGUGUUCACCUCGAUUGAAACACAAUGGAAAACUUUCUCCUACCCUGUCACAACGACGGAAGUGUCUACUGAGAGGAUCACAUCAAUCGAUACAGUAACCCGUUUCAGCACAGUGAUUUCAACGAUAGAGCAAACGACGACCAUUCCAGUUACAACUACACUCACAACAACAAUUUGCACCCCAAACAACGCCUAUCUUCCCGUACCGGAGAAUCCAACGUGUUCACCACCUCCGCGAACAUACGUUCCGAUUGAUUUAGCACCUCCGGACAUUCCUGACACAACCAGAGCUCUGGAUAUCAUUAUCACGAGCACACCAACAAUCACUCUAACCGCAACAGCCAACCCACAAACCAUAACCACAACCGUGCGUCCAGCGGCUCAAGCCACGAAAACCGUUACGAUCACUUUGGAGCCAUCGGAAACAAGCACCCGGACCGUUCGUCCCACCAGCACCGAAGUUAGUUAUCUCGAUCCAACGACCAUCAAACGAACGAUCAAACCAACCUCAACCAGCUAUGUAUCGAAGGAUGCGGUGACGGUAACGCUGACGGUGACAAGAACCUCGUCGGUCAUAAAGUACGAUCAGCGCGUUACCAAGAGUGUCACCGUUACGCCCACGCUAACGACCUACAUCUACGGGGAUACACUUAAAGAAUCAGUGGCGAAUGUGAACAUAAACACAUCGUCGCAAGUGGCAAAUGCUGUAUCGGCACUAUCGCAGGCCAUUGACAGUAAUUCUUUUAAUAAGGCCGAUGAGCUGGUCACGCUGAAAAACCAUAUCACAUCACUAUUCAACAUAUCUAUGGGAUCCACAAAAAAACACAUUGAAGAGUAUGUAAAUGAUCUCACUGCCGAUUUGACCAGAGAAUUGAAAAAAAUCUGCAGCGAAGUUCAGAACUUGAGCACCCUUACCAUAGAUAUGGCAGCUCAUUGUAAUGAACACUACCUGAGUGAAUCGCGUCCUACACGUGAAGUUUUAGACGAAGUGAAAAUUAUAACAAAUUCAGUUGGCAGUGACAUUCUCAAAGAAGUACAAUCUCUUGCCGGCUCAAUUAACACUUUGGAUAGCAGUAUACGCGAUGCUUGUUUGCCACCAGCGGGCCCCAGCUUGAUGGACGAAUUAAAUGCCCAAUCAACAAAAUCGGGUGACUCAGGUCACCGUUCCACUGCCGAAGCCACUGAAGGGUGGCGCUUUUUGGGUUCGAAGAAAGUGUGGCGCUCUGACUGGACGGAGUACGACACACGUAAUCAGCAUAGAAUUCAACAGCAAAAGAUGAAAGAUAGGGCGAUGGCACGAAGAAAAGCUAAUAAAAAGCAGUUGCAUCGGAUAUCCAGAAGCAGUUAUUAUAACUAUAACCUCAAUGACAACAAUAAUAGCAACAACAAUAGCAAUAAUAAUCGUAACAACAAUCGCAACAACAAUAGCAGCAAUAAUCGCAACAACAACAACAAUACGCAAUGCGGUCGUCCAACAGCUGGCAACUCUCUUCCCCGGGAUAAGGAUCUACUUGCGGCGGCAAGGGUGCAAUUCUCUAGGCCUCCGUUUGAAAAUCAGCGUGGUAUCAGAUAG